UGACGUUGUACGGCCGGCGCGGGCGAGUGACGCAGUGCGGCCCGUUGUCUGUGUGGGGCUGAGUAGCCCCGAGGGCGGUGGGCGCUCCCGGUGGGGGCGGCGCGGGGUUAGCAGGGCCUGGACAUGGCGCUGAGAGGCCGCUCCGCGGGAAGAUGAAUAAGGGCUGGCUGGAGUUAGAGAGUGACCCAGGCCUCUUCACCCUCUUAGUGGAAGAUUUCGGUGUCAAAGGGGUGCAAGUGGAGGAGAUCUAUGACCUUCAGAGUAAAUGCCAGGGGCCUGUAUAUGGAUUUAUCUUCCUGUUCAAAUGGAUCGAAGAACGCAGGUCCCGCCGCAAGGUUUCUACAUUGGUGGAUGAUACGUCUGUGAUUGAUGAUGAUAUUGUGAAUAACAUGUUCUUUGCUCACCAGCUGAUUCCCAACUCUUGUGCCACUCACGCCUUGCUGAGCGUGCUUCUGAACUGCAGCAAUGUGGAUCUGGGGCCCACGCUGAGUCGAAUGAAGGAUUUCACCAAAGGUUUCAGCCCUGAGAGCAAAGGAUAUGCAAUUGGCAAUGCCCCUGAACUGGCCAAGGCACAUAAUAGCCAUGCCAGGCCAGAACCACGUCACCUUCCUGAGAAACAGAAUGGCCUCAGUGCAGUGCGGACCAUGGAGGCGUUUCACUUUGUCAGCUAUGUGCCUAUCACAGGGAGGCUCUUUGAAUUGGAUGGGUUGAAAGUCUACCCUAUUGAUCAUGGGCCCUGGGGAGAGGACGAGGAGUGGACAGAUAAAGCCCGAAGGGUCAUCAUGGAGCGUAUUGGCCUUGCUACUGCAGGGGAGCCCUACCAUGACAUUCGCUUCAACCUGAUGGCAGUGGUGCCUGACCGCAGGAUUAAGUAUGAGGCCAGGCUGCAUGUGCUGAAGGUGAACCGACAAACAGUCCUGGAGGCCCUGCAGCAGCUGAUUAGAGUAACACAGCCGGAGCUGAUUCAGACCCACAAAUCUCAAGAGUCACAACUGCCCGAGGAGAGCAAGCCAGCCAGCAGCAAGUCCCCCCUUGGGCUGGAGGCAGGCAGAACCCCGGCUGCCUCUGAGUGCACUCACACAGAUGGUGCAGAGGAGGUGGCUGGUUCGUGCCCACAAACUGCAACCCAUAGUCCUCCCAGCAAAUCUAAGCUGGUGGUGAAGCCUCAAGGGAGCAGCCUCAAUGGGGUUCCCCCAAACCCUGCCCCUAUUGUCCAGCGGCUGCCAGCCUUUCUAGACAAUCACAAUUAUGCCAAAUCCCCUAUGCAGGAGGAGGAAGACCUGGCAGCAGGUGUGGGCCGCAGCCGAGUUCCAGUCCGACCACCUCAGCAGUACUCUGAUGAUGAGGAUGACUAUGAGGAUGAUGAAGAUGACGUGCAGAACACCAGUUCUGCCAUCAGAUACAAGCGGAAGGGGACAGGGAAGCCAGGAUCGUUGAGCAAUUCUUCAGAUGGGCAGCUGUCAGUGCUGCAGCCCAACACCAUCAAUGUCUUAACUGAGAAGCUUCAAGAGUCUCAGAAAGACCUUUCAAUUCCUCUGUCCAUCAAGACUAGCAGUGGGGCUGGGAGUCCAGCUGUGGCUGUGCCCACACACUCGCAGCCUUCACCCACCCCUAGCAAUGAGAGCACGGACACAGCCUCUGAGAUUGGCAGUGCUUUCAACUCACCCUUGCGCUCACCCAUCCGCUCAGCCAACCCAACACGGCCCUCUAGCCCUGUCACCUCUCACAUCUCCAAGGUGCUUUUUGGAGAAGAUGACAGCCUACUUCGUGUUGACUGCAUACGCUACAACCGUGCUGUCCGUGACCUGGGUCCUGUCAUUAGCACGGGCCUGCUGCACCUUGCUGAAGAUGGUGUACUGAGUCCCCUGGCACUCACAGAGGGUGGGAAGGGUUCCUCACCUUCUACCAGAUCAAGCCAAGGCAGCCAGGGAUCCAGCAGCCUAGAGGAGAAGGAGGUGGCAGAAGUCACAGAGAGCAGAGACAAGUCUGGGCUGAACAGGUCCAGCGAGCCCUUGAGUGGAGAGAAGUAUUCACCCAAGUUGCUUCUUAGUAAUGGAACUUUGGUGCCAGUCAGGCCCCUAAGGUACAAUGUUGGGUUGUGGCAGGAGCUGCUAGCACUGCUAAAGUGUGUAGAAGCCGAGAUUGCGAACUACGAGGCCUGUCUCAAGGAGGAGGUGGAGAAAAGGAAGAAGUUCAAGAUUGAUGACCAGCGAAGAACCCACAACUAUGACGAGUUUAUCUGUACCUUCAUAUCCAUGCUGGCUCAGGAAGGGAUGCUGGCCAACCUAGUGGAACAGAACAUCUCCGUGCGGCGCCGCCAAGGGGUCAGCAUUGGUCGGCUUCACAAGCAACGGAAGCCUGACCGGCGGAAACGCUCUCGCCCCUACAAGGCCAAACGCCAGUGAGGACCCCUGGCCCUGGCUCUGCAGCCUCUCUUGCCGCAAGGCCCUCACCAGGGCCCUUCACCGUCCCUCUUUUCCAAGUAUUACUGAGUAGUUCAAUGAGAGCCCAGGCCCUGGGACUGGGAAUGACUUCUGUAUUCUGCUCUGUGCUCUGGGGUCUGCAGGGACAGGGCAGCUCCACAGUGCUCUGCAGCUGGAGGGUGCCGUGACCUCCACAGCCAUCUGAGGAGCAGCAGGACCUGGCCUUUCUGCCUGGGCAGCGGGAUAUACCUUCUACCUAUUGGAGAUGCCUACUUUUGGGGCCUUCGGCCAUCUUGCCACUGUAUUAACAUGGCAGCUUCCUGACUCUGCUGUCUCUCCCAGCAGUGGUCAUUCUGCUGAGGCCAGGUCUCUUGUAACACACCACAGUCCCAGCUGGGAAACUCAGAAGGCAUCGGUCCCAGUGCUCUAGCCUGUCCUUGUGAAGAAGCUGGGCCGACUCUUCAUUCCUCUGGGAGAGCGCCAAACUCAGGGACCAGGCUGCUGAGCUGGAAUGGGCAUCCCAGUAGGAUCCCAGCCUGUCAGGGUCCCGCAGCUGUGGUGGGGACAAGUGUUUGAACCGCCCCAGUGGCAUGCAAACCGGUUAGUGAGUCUGAGCAAGGCUCUGGGGCUCUUCGCCUUCAGUGUUGUGGCCCUGGCCAUGGGCCUACCUUAGGCUCCUAAUCUCUGUCUCUGGGGUCCAGAGGAGCCUCUACCUAGCCCCUCAGUAUUACCAUGUCUCCUCUUAGGAAUAUCAGAGGCAGGGCUGCUUGAAUGAAGCUGACACUAUUCAAUUCUCCCAACUGUGCCGGCUUCCUUGGCCUCUUGCAAGGUACUCAGGGUAGGGGACAGGGUCAAGAGGAGUUAGAACUUCUGCGUUCCCAGAGGGCUUGAUGCUAGUGGGGCAAUAAGCACAAGCUCCAGCCCCAAACAGCCUGUGCCCUCUGCUAGAUACAGGUGAUCCAAGCAGGCCCCUCAUCUGGACAGCACAGCGGUCUGACCCCUCUAGUUUCUGUAAAUAUUGAAUCAGUGAGUAAAUAAAAGUGUGCUAAUAA